AUGAUUUCCUUAGAAGAUGUCUAUCAAGUAGUGACAGGCACUGUCCCAUUAUAUGUGACCAUGAUACUAGCCUAUGUCUCUGUGAAAUGGUGGAAGAUCUUCACACCAGAUCAAUGUUCAGGCAUAAACAAAUUUGUGGCAAAGUUCUCAGUCCCACUUUUGUCAUUUCAAACCAUUUCUUCUAACAACCUCUAUGAAAUGAGCCUGAAACUCAUAUAUGCUGACUUUGUUCAGAAAUUGCUUGCAUAUAUAGUCUUAAUAGCAAUCACUAAGAUCACUGCCCGAGGAGGCUUAAAGUGGAUCAUUACUGGGUUGUCAUUAUCAACACUUCCUAACACUUUGAUUCUGGGAAUCCCACUCGUGAAGGCUAUGUAUAAGGAUAAAGCAGUUGUUUUCCUAGCACAGGUUAUUUUCUUGCAGAGUAUGAUCUGGUACAAUUUGUUACUGUUUCUUUAUGAGCUUGAUGCUGCCAAGACCAGGCUUGCUUCACAACCAUCACAAGGCACAGGAGAAACUGAUACGGCUCGUGAAGUACAAUUAAAAGGAGAAGAAGAUGCAGAACCUAGAACAAAAAGGAAAUGUAAGAUCUUGCCCAUUCUUGUCACAGUGGGGAAGAAGCUAAUCAGAAAUCCUAAUACCUUUGCAACUUUAAUUGGUAUUAUUUGGUCAAGCAUACAGUUCAGGUGGGGGGUACAUAUUCCUGAAGUGGUUAAUCAGUCAAUAGAAAUAUUGUCCAAUGGAGGUCUUGGUAUGGCAAUGUUUAGCUUAGGUUUAUUUAUGGCAUCACAGUCCAGCAUUAUAGCAUGUGGGCCAAGGAUAACAAUGGUGGCAAUAGGACUAAAAUUUGUGUUCGGACCUGCCCUGAUGGCUGUAGCCUCCAUUGUCAUUGGAUUAAGAGACACAUUGUUAAAAGUGGCAAUUGUUCAGGCAGCACUACCCCAAGGAAUCGUUCCUUUUGUUUUUGCCAAAGAAUAUAAUGUUCAUCCAGCCAUUUUAAGCACUGGGAUCUUGUUAGGAAUGCUUAUUGCCUUGCCGGUGGAAUUGGCCUUCUACUUCCUCUUAGAAUUAUGA